ACUUCUUUUGUGUCAAGAAACAGUGUAUUGCUGUGCUUUUUGAAAUGACCAUUCCUUUUCGAGUGUGCCAAAUGCAAUGGUCGUAGUGGUGGUAUUCCAAAAAUAAUAGAUAACAAGAAAGAAGCUCAUCACUGUGCCAUUUUUCAUCGUGCUGAGAUGGCGGAGUCUUUAUUCUAGACUCAAUUUUCGAAAGAACGCUUUGUUGCUAUGUGGAUUUCACUGAGAACGAUUCUUCUAUUUUGGACUCAAGCUGGUAUCAGAUAGCUGCCACUCGACAGUUUUGUUGACGUCGUCUGUAGCAGAUGGCACCAUGGAUUUAGUGACAUUGCUCAACGUCGAUAGUGCUGACCCUCGUAAGGCUGAGGCCUGCGCGGAGCAAUUGAAAUCCUCCGAAGAUGGCUGGAAAAUUUGUGGUGACACUUUUGCCAGAGGUUUAUGCAGGACUGAACUGGCGAAAUUCCUCUGCCUGCAUGUACUGGAGAAUUUCAUAGUAACGCGGUACAAUACAUCGACUGAUUCUGACCACCAAUAUCUACGGCAGCUUCUGCUAAACUGGCUGCAGCAACGGGCAAAUGGAGCUGGAUCUAGUGAUGAGUCGUUUGUCCUGAACAAAGUAGCUCACGUGUUUGCUUUGUCUCUGGUUGCCGCAUAUCCCGCCCAGUGGCCCACCUUCUUUGAGGAUCUGUUGUCAUCUCUGAAACUGGAGCAUCAUGUCAUUGACAUGUACCUCAGGAUAUUGUCAGCCAUUGACAAGGAGGUUGUAGAUCGGGAGAUGAACCGCAACGAUGCUAUGUUGGAGCGCAAUACAUUGAUCAAGGAUCACAUGCGAACUGAUGCUGUGCCACGCCUGGUCGACUCCUGGUAUGAAAUCCUGACUGCAUCAGAAGCCGAUGACCAUCAGCUAGCAUGUACCUGUCUGGACGUAGUGGGCAUGUAUGUAGAGUGGAUUGACAUUGGCCUCAUUGCCAACUCUCGCUACACCGAGCUACUGCUGCGGUUCAUGACAGUAGAAACGUUGCGUGAGAACGCUUGCCUCUGCUUCCACGAAAUCCUCAACAAAGGAAUGGAUCCGGAUGUGAAAGUUAGCCUCACCGAGUCGUUGGCCAAAGUGUUGGAAGCCAGUGGAAUUCUCCCUGCGAAGGAGGACGAGGACCCUGACUUCUUGGCUGCCCUUGCCAAGCUUGUUGGUGCCAUGGGAGUACAGCUGGUCAGCAGUUAUAACAAGCUUUCGAAAGCAGGUGCAGCGGCACCAGCUGCAGCGGUGCGAGAGGCCAUUGAUGCUAAGCUCACGCACAUGUUCAAGUUUUUGAGUGACGAGGGUGAUGAUAUCUCUCAGCAUGUGAUUCCGUUCUUCAUCUCCUACUUGACUGUACUGAAGGCGGAAACAGAGAAUCCGAGAUCCAAUGCGAAGGAAUCAGUGCAAGCUUUGCUGUACAUCGUUAUCAUGAAGAUGAAAUACGACGAGUCGUACUGUUUCGACGACAGUGGUGAGGAUGAAGCCAUGUUCCUUGAGUAUCGUCACAACUUGAAGGUUGUCUUCGACAAUAUUGCACAGCUGAACCCUCACCUAUUGCUGGAGACAAUCUAUAGUAUUGCUGUACAAGCACUACAGCAAUGGCAGACAUUGCCGUUCAAUGAAGUUGAAGUAGCUAUCCGUUCUAUUUAUCUAAUUGGUGAAGUAGUCCCUGGCAGUCACUUUUCUGCUGACAAGCCAUCUCUCUUGAAGAACAUGAUGGAGGCGAUCGUCACGAGUCGCGUUUCCUUUCACAGUCACCCAGAGGUGGCCAAGCAGUUCUUUGAGACGGUGGUACGAUAUGAGAAGUUUUUCCAGCAGAACUCAAGCCACAUCGCCGAUGCAUUGUCUGCUUUCCUUGACCGGCGUGGUCUUCUCCAUGAUAACGCUGGUCUUCGUAGCCGUGUAUGUUACCUGCUGUCUCGCUUUGUCAAGUCUGUACGGACAAAUCUUCAGAACAUUGCUGGCGAUGUUCUGAAGCAGUUACAGUCAAUAAUGGCACAUCACGCACAGUCUGAACUAUUCUCUUACCAUGAUCAAUUGUUUUUAUACGAGACUGCUGGCAUUCUCAUCAUCGGGUGCGGGACAUCUGCGGAGGCCACUUCAAGUUUGAUGAAGGAGUUCCUGGCUCCUCUCGUGUCCUCUUUCCGCACGCUACUUAGUCAGCUUUGUUCCACCAAGGAUGAUAUGGAACGGGUACGGCUGGCCGACGGCAUCUCACACGUCAUAGCCUUCACCGGGCGUGUGAGCAAGACGUUCAGCUCGCAGCAAACCAUGAAGCAGUGUGGAUGUGUGGAAGCUUUCUGUGAGACUAUUCCCGUCUUCUUGGAGGCGCUUGAUGUUCCAUUCUUGAGAGAUGUUUUGCAUGCUGCUGUUCGUCAAUAUCUUCAUCGCAUGAUAGUUUGUCUAGAAAGUUCUGUUCUGCCAUUCAUUCCGGCAGCAAUUUCUCAGUUCCUCAAAGACGCACAGAUCCGAGAUACUCAAGAAUUCAUCCCGCUUAUCAAUCAGUUAGUUUUAAAGUUUAAGACCCAGCUCCAUCAGUUGUAUGUGGAGGUAUUUGUUCCACUCGUGAAACAAGUCUUUGGUUUCCUCAACGCGCCGGUAGAGCAGGGCGAUCAACAGGCACAGCUGGAGAAAGUUGGCCUACAUAAGGCGUAUUUCACAUUCCUGGCCGUUCUGAUCAACAAUGGCCUGGCAUCAGUCAUUGCUCAACAAGAGGCGUCCGUAGUACACGAUGUUAUUUUGAGUAUUGUGCAAGCGACUACGGAGACAUCGGAUUUACAGACUCAUAAGACCUGUUUCAUUCUGCUACGGAAACUCUGUGAGGCGUGGAGUCAAGGCGAGGUGAUUAUGGACGAUUUUGACACGUUCGUCUAUGAGCACGUCAUUCCGGCUUGCUUCCUCUCACCAUUGCAGCCAGGUCUGUCUCUACAGGAUGCACAUGUGUUCAUGGCAUUGAGUGAGAACGGCACCUUGAUGAAAAUCAUCUUAGCGAAGGAGGGCAGCAAGCUGCUACACUUCCUGCAGGCCAAGUACUUGCCGUCUCUGAACUUGCCUCCAGAGCUAGCACAGGAGUACUGCGAAGCACUGCAGCAGGAUAUCAAGGUCAUGCGGACAUACUUGAAGGCGUUCUUCUCUCGACUGCAGCAGAUGGUACGGCAUGAGCACACUUGACCCACGUAGCGCUGUGAGUGCAUGCUCCUGUGAACAGACAUGCCGCAUAGUGCCCUCACCCCCGCCGCUCAGCUCGACAGCAAAGGCAAGUGCAGCCAGCGCCUCCACGAAUCGCCUGCACAGCCAGUGAAAACACGGAGUCCGUCAAUUUUCACGUGGGACUCAAUCCACCGGCCUCUUCUUUUUUUAUCCCGGCAGCGACAGCGCAGCACGCAAUGCUGAACCAUUGGCAGGUGGUAUGUGGCAUGGUGCAGGGUGGUAUUCGUGCCUUGGCCGACCCCACAUUGGUUCAUCCAAGCUCAGCACCUCGUGCCAUGCUAGAAUUUUUUAUCAGAUGAGCUUUUACUUGGGAAAGUGUGCGGUUCAUCUUAUUUCUACGGAGUUUACUAGGGAUUCGGUGACGGUAUUGAGCUGUGAAUUCCUGCCUCCAACCCUUUUGUUGAGCAGGCGCCUGUUUCUUUCGAAUCUGUCUUUCCAUUCUGCCUUCACUGCUAUGCUGGCCAGUGUUCUUUGCCUCUCUCUCUGUCUGUCUGUCUCUCUCUCUCUCUCUCUCUCUCUCUCUCUCUCUCUCUCUCUCUCUCUCUCUCUCUCUCUCUCUCUCUCUCUCUCUCUCUCUCUCUCUCUCUCUCUCUCUCUCUCUCUCUCUCUCUCUCUCUCUUGUGCACAGUCGUGUGUGGAGUUCAACUUCAAUGUUGACGUCUGUGCCACUGGCCCUUGACUUCAUCCUUGGCAUAAGCAUCGUUCUUCUCUUCCCUACCUUCAGCAUUCUUUACCCAAGUAUAAGGACAGGCAAGCGGUGUGCUCCUGCUUGGUGCUGGUUUUCUUUACCUCAACCGCUGGUUUCAUCCAUACUAUUUUUGAAGUGGGUUUUGUACUCUGCGGUUUGAAACAAAGGCUCAACUAGAA